AUGGCAACACAGACCCCUUUCAGUUUUGGUGGACCGAAUGAACUGGAUGUGUGGCUUGUGUGGUGCUUCGAGCAUUGCUUGAAGCCCGAGCACCACGACGUUCGAGAAGGGUUGAAGCAUCUUGCAGCCACGGUUGGUUGCAAGUUCGUUUGUCACAAGAAAUCCAUGGGUUUUCUUAGCUGGCUCGAUGCGAGGAAAGGUGCAAAACUGAUCAUCGCAGACUGGCGAGAAGCGAAGCCCAUCAUCGAAGAGCUCAGCAUGAAAAAACAUGUCAAGCACCGUUCCGACGUCCGCAUGUGCGUGGUCGCGCGGUCGGAGAAGAUGUUUCGUCGCGCAUCUGUCUUCGUGGACAGGCAGCGCAUGGGGGGAGUCGAGAUCAUGGUGGCAACGGCGUUCUCGUGCCAGAGCGUGGAGGAGUUCGUCCAUACCUGCAUGCAGACAUUGCGCGAGAAAUCAACGCGUUGCUCGCUGUCGCUGCCCCGGCUUGUUGAAGCCAUCCAGGACCCCAAAACAGCUGCAGCGCUGGCGCAGCUACUUCAGCAAAACAUGUGGCAAGUCUACGAGGACUAA